AUGCCUUCCCCCUCUCAUGCCUUCCCCCUCUCAUGCCUUCCCCCUCUCAUGCCUUUUCCCUCUCAUGCCUUCCCCCUCUCAUGCCUUCCCCCUCUCAUGCCUUCCCCCUCUCAUGCCUUCCCCCUCUCAUGCCUUCCCCCUCUCAUGCCUUCCCCCUCUCAUGCCUUCCCCCUCGCAUGCCUUCCCCCUCUCAUGCCUUCCCCCUCUCAUGCCUUCCCCCUCUCAUGCCUUCCCCCUCUCAUGCCUUCCCCCUCUCAUGCCUUCCCCCUCUCAUGCCUUCCCCCUCUCAUGCCUUCCCCCUCUCAUGCCUCUCAUGCCUUCCCCCUCUCAUGCCUUCCCCCUCUCAUGCCUUCCCCCUCUCAUGCCUUCCCCCUCUCAUGCCUUCCCCCUCUCAUGCCUUCCCCCUCUCAUGCCUUCCCCCUCUCAUGCCUUCCCCCUCUCAUGCCUUCCCCCUCUCAUGCCUUCCCCCUCUCAUGCCUUCCCCCUCUCAUGCCUUCCCCCUCUCAUGCCUUCCCCCUCUCAUGCCUUCCCCCUCUCAUGCCUUCCCCCUCUCAUGCCUUCCCCCUCUCAUGCCUUCCCCCUCUCAUGCCUUCCCCCUCUCAUGCCUUCCCCCUCUCAUGCCUUCCCCCUCUCAUGCCUUCCCCCUCUCAUGCCUUCCCCCUCUCAUGCCUUCCCCCUCUCAUGCCUUCCCCCUCUCAUGCCUUCCCCCUCUCAUGCCUUCCCCAUCUCAUGCCUUCCCCCUCUCAUGCCUUCCCCCUCUCAUGCCUUCCCCCUCUCAUGCCUUCCCCCUCUCAUGCCUUCCCCCUCUCAUGCCUUCCCCUCUCAUGCCUCCCCCCUCUCAUGCCUUCCCCCUCUCAUGCCUUCCCCCUCUCAUGCCUUCCCCCUCUCAUGCCUUCCCCUCUCAUGCCUUCCCCCUCUCAUGCCUUCCCCUCUCAUGCCUUCCCCCUCUCAUGCCUUCCCCCUCUCAUGCCUUCCCCCUCUCAUGCCUUCCCCCUCUCAUGCCUCCCCCUCUCAUGCCUUCCCCCUCUCAUGCCUUCCCCCUCUCAUGCCUUCCCCCUCUCAUGCCUUCCCCCUCUCAUGCCUUCCCCCUCUCAUGCCUUCCCCCUCUCAUGCCUUCCCCCUCUCAUGCCUUCCCCUCUCAUGCCUUCCCCCUCUCAUGCCUUCCCCCUCUCAUGCCUUCCCCCUCUCAUGCCUUCCCCCUCUCAUGCCUUCCCCCUCUCAUGCCUUCCCCCUCUCAUGCCUUCCCCCUCUCAUGCCUUCCCCCUCUCAUGCCUUCCCCCUCUCAUGCCUUCCCCCUCUCAUGCCUUCCCCCUCUCAUGCCUUCCCCCUCUCAUGCCUUCCCCCUCUCAUGCCUUCCCCCUCUCAUGCCUUCCCCCUCUCAUGCCUUCCCCCUCUCAUGCCUUCCCCUCUCAUGCCUUCCCCCUCUCAUGCCUUCCCCCUCUCAUGCCUUCCCCCUCUCAUGCCUUCCCCUCUCAUGCCUUCCCCCUCUCAUGCCUUCCCCCUCUCAUGCCUUCCCCCUCUCAUGCCUUCCCCCUCUCAUGCCUUCCCCCUCUCAUGCCUUCCCCUCUCAUGCCUUCCCCCUCUCAUGCCUUCCCCCUCUCAUGCCUUCCCCCUCUCAUGCCUUCCCCCUCUCAUGCCUUCCCCCUCUCAUGCCUUCCCCCUCUCAUGCCUUCCCCCUCUCAUGCCUUCCCCCUCUCAUGCCUUCCCCUCUCAUGCUUCCCCCUCUCAUGCCUUCCCCCUCUCAUGCCUUCCCCCUCUCAUGCCUUCCCCCUCUCAUGCCUUCCCCCUCUCAUGCCUUCCCCCUCUCAUGCCUUCCCCCUCUCAUGCCUUCCCCCUCUCAUGCCUUCCCCCUCUCAUGCCUUCCCCCUCUCAUGCCUUCCCCCUCUCAUGCCUUCCCCCUCUCAUGCCUUCCCCCUCUCAUGCCUUCCCCCUCUCAUGCCUUCCCCCUCUCAUGCCUUCCCCCUCUCAUGCCUUCCCCCUCUCAUGCCUUCCCCCUCUCAUGCCUUCCCCCUCUCAUGCCUUCCCCCUCUCAUGCCUUCCCCCUCUCAUGCCUUCCCCCUCUCAUGCCUUCCCCCUCUCAUGCCUUCCCCCUCUCAUGCCUUCCCCCUCUCAUGCCUUCCCCCUCUCAUGCCUUCCCCCUCUCAUGCCUUCCCCCUCUCAUGCCUUCCCCCUCUCAUGCCUUCCCCCUCUCAUGCCUUCCCCCUCUCAUGCCUUCCCCCUCUCAUGCCUUCCCCCCUCUCAUGCCUUCCCCCUCUCAUGCCUUCCCCCUCUCAUGCCUUCCCCCUCUCAUGCCUUCCCCCUCUCAUGCCUUCCCCCUCUCAUGCCUUCCCCCUCUCAUGCCUUCCCCCUCUCAUGCCUUCCCCCUCUCAUGCCUUCCCCCUCUCAUGCCUUCCCCCUCUCAUGCCUUCCCCCUCUCAUGCCUUCCCCCUCUCAUGCCUUCCCCCUCUCAUGCCUUCCCCCUCUCAUGCCUUCCCCCUCUCAUGCCUUCCCCCUCUCAUGCCUUCCCCCUCUCAUGCCUUCCCCCUCUCAUGCCUUCCCCCUCUCAUGCCUUCCCCCUCUCAUGCCUUCCCCCUCUCAUGCCUUCCCCCUCUCAUUGCCUUCCCCCUCUCAUGCCUUCCCCCUCUCAUGCCUUCCCCCUCUCAUGCCUUCCCCCUCUCAUGCCUUCCCCUCUCAUGCCUUCCCCCUCUCAGGCCUUCCCCCUCUCAUGCCUUCCCCCUCUCAUGCCUUCCCCCUCUCAUGCCUUCCCCCUCUCAUGCCUUCCCCCUCUCAUGGCCUUCCCCCUCUCAUGCCUUCCCCCUCUCAUGCCUUCCCCCUCUCAUGCCUUCCCCCUCUCAUGCCUUCCCCCUCUCAUGCCUUCCCCCUCUCAUGCCUUCCCCCUCUCAAUGCCUUCCCCCCUCUCAUGCCUUCCCCUCUCAUGCCUCCCCCUCUCAUGCCUUCCCCCUCUCAUGCCUUCCCCCUCUCAUGCCUUCCCCCUCUCAUGCCUUCCCCCUCUCAUGCCUUCCCCCUCUCAUGCCUUCCCCCUCUCAUGCCUUCCCCCUCUCAUGCCUUCCCCCUCUCAUGCCUUCCCCCUCUCAUGCCUUCCCCCUCUCAUGCUUCCCCCUCUCAUGCCUUCCCCCUCUCAUGCCUUCCCCCUCUCAUGCCUUCCCCUCUCAUGCCUUCCCCCUCUCAUGCCUUCCCCCUCUCAUGCCUUCCCCCUCUCAUGCCUUCCCCCUCUCAUGCCUUCCCCCUCUCAUGCCUUCCCCCUCUCAUGCCUUCCCCCUCUCAUGCCUUCCCCCUCUCAUGCCUUCCCCCUCUCAUGCCUUCCCCCUCUCAUGCCUUCCCCCUCUCAUGCCUUCCCCUCUCAUGCCUCCCCCUCUCAUGCCUUCCCCCUCUCAUGCCUUCCCCCUCUCAUGCCUUCCCCCUCUCAUGCCUUCCCCCUCUCAUGCCUUCCCCUCUCAUGCUUCCCCCUCUCAUGCCUUCCCCCUCUCAUGCCUUCCCCCUCUCAUGCCUUCCCCCUCUCAUGCCUUCCCCCUCUCAUGCCUUCCCCCUCUCAUGCCUUCCCCCUCUCAUGCCUUCCCCCUCUCAUGCCUUCCCCCUCUCAUGCCUUCCCCCUCUCAUGCCUUCCCCCUCUCAUGCCUUCCCCCCCUCUCAUGCCUUCCCCCUCUCAUGCCUUCCCCCUCUCAUGCCUUCCCCCUCUCAUGCCUUCCCCCUCUCAUGCCUUCCCCCUCUCAUGCCUUCCCCCUCUCAUGCCUUCCCCCUCUCAUGCCUUCCCCCUCUCAUGCAUUCCCCCUCUCAUGCCUUCCCCUCUCAUGCUCUCCCCCUCCUCAUGCCUUCCCCCUCUCAUGCCUUCCCCCUCUCAUGCCUUCCCCCUCUCAUGCCUCCCCCUCUCAUGCCUUCCCCCUCUCAUGCCUUCCCCCUCUCAAUGCUUCCCCCUCUCAUGCCUCCUCCUCUCUCAUGCCUUCCCCCUCUCAUGCUUCCCCCUCUCAUGCCUUCCCCCUCUCAUGCCUUCCCCCUCUCAUGCUUCCCCCUCUCAUGCCUUUCCCCCUCUCAUGCCUUCCCCCCUCUCAUGCCUUCCCCUCUCAUGCCUUCCCCUCUCAUGCCUUCCCCCUCUCAUGCCUUCCCCCUCUCAUGCCUUCCCCCUCUCAUGCCUUCCCCCUCUCUAUGCCUUCCCCCUCUCAUGCCCUUCCCCCUCUCAUGCCUUCCCCCUCUCAUGCCUUCCCCCCUCUCAUGCCUUCCCCCUCUCAAUGCCCUUCCCCCUUCUCAUGCCUUCCCCUCUCAUGCCUUCCCCCUCUCAUGCCUUCCCCCUCUCAUGCCUUCCCCCUCUCAUGCCUUCCCCCUCUCAUGCCUUCCCCCUCUCAUGCCUUCCCCCUCUCAUGCCUUCCCCCUCUCAUGCCUUCCCCCUCUCAUGCCUUCCCCCCUCUCAUGCCUCCCCCCUCUCAUGCCUUCCCCCUCUCAUGCCUUCCCCCUCUCAUGCCUUCCCCCUCUCAUGCCUUCCCCCUCUCAUGCCUUCCCCCUCUCAUGCCUCCCCCUCUCAUGCCUUCCCCCUCUCAUGCCUUCCCCCUCUCAUGCCUUCCCCCUCUCAUGCCUUCCCCUCUCAUGCCCCCCCCUCCCAUGCCUCCCCCCUCUCAUGCCUUCCCCCUCUCAUGCCUUCCCCCUCUCAUGCCUUCCCCCUCUCAUGCCUUCCCCCUCUCAUGCCUUCCCCCUCUCAUGCCUUCCCCCUCUCAUGCCUCCCCCUCUCAUGCCUCCCCCCUCUCAUGCCUUCCCCCUCUCAUGCCUUCCCCCUCUCAUGCCUUCCCCCUCUCAUGCCUUCCCCCUCUCAUGCCUUCCCCCUCUCAUGCCUCCCCCUCUCAUGCCUUCCCCCUCUCAUGCCUUCCCCCUCUCAUGCCUUCCCCCUCUCAUGCCUUCCCCCCUCUCAUGCCUUCCCCCUCUCAUGCCUCCCCCCCUCUCAUGCCUUCCCCCUCUCAUGCCUUCCCCCUCUCAUGCCUUCCCCCUCUCAUGCCUUCCCCCUCUCAUGCCUUCCCCCUCUCCAUGCCUUCCCCCUCUCAUGCUUCCCCCUCUCAUGCCUUCCCCCUCUCAUGCCUUCCCCCUCUCAUGCCUUCCCCCUCUCAUGCCUUCCCCCUCUCAUGCCUUCCCCCUCUCAUGCCUUCCCCCUCUCAUGCCUUCCCCCUCUCAUGCCUUCCCCCUCUCAUGCCUUCCCCCUCUCAUGCCUUCCCCCUCUCAUGCCUUCCCCCUCUCAUGCCUUCCCCCUCUCAUGCCUUCCCCCUCUCAUGCCUUCCCCCUCUCAUGCCUUCCCCCUCUCAUGCCUUCCCCCUCUCAUGCCUUCCCCCUCUCAUGCCUUCCCCCUCUCAUGCCUUCCCCCUCUCAUGCCUUCCCCCUCUCAUGCCUUCCCCCUCUCAUGCCUUCCCCCUCGCAUGCCUUCCCCCUCUCAUGCCUUCCCCCUCUCAUGCCUUCCCCCUCUCAUGCCUUCCCCCUCUCAUGCCUUCCCCCUCUCAUGCCUUCCCCCUCUCAUGCCUUCCCCCUCUCAUGCCUUCCCCCUCUCAUGCCUCUCAUGCCUUCCCCCUCUCAUGCCUUCCCCCUCUCAUGCCUUCCCCCUCUCAUGCCUUCCCCUUCUCAUGCCUUCCCCCUCUCAUGCCUUCCUCCUCUCAUGCCUUCCCCCUCUCAUGCCUUCCCCCUCUCAUGUUUUCCCCCUCUCAUGCCUUCCCCUUCUCAUGCCUUCCCCCUCUCAUGCCUUCCCCCCUCUCAUGCCUUCCCCCUCUCAUGCCUUCCCCCUCUCAUGCCUUCCCCCUCUCAUGCCUUCCCCCUCUCAUGCCUUCCCCCUCUCAUGCCUUCCCCCUCUCAUGCCUUCCCCCUCUCAUGCCUUCCCCCUCUCAUGCCUUCCCCCUCUCAUGCCUUCCUCCUCUCAUGCCUUCCCCCUCUCAUGCCUUCCCCCUCUCAUGCCUUCCCCCUCUCAUGCCUUCCCCCUCUCAUGCCUUCCCCCUCUCAUGCCUUCCCCCUCUCAUGCCUUCCCCCCUCUCAUGCCUUCCCCCUCUCAUGCCUUCCCCCUCUCAUGCCUUCCCCCUCUCAUGCCUUCCCCCUCUCAUGCCUUCCCCCUCUCAUGCCUUCCCCCUCUCAUGCCUUCCCCCUCUCAUGCCUUCCCCCUCUCAUGCCUUCCCCCUCUCAUGCCUUCCCCCUCUCAUGCCUUCCCCCUCUCAUGCCUUCCCCUCUCAUGCCUUCUCUCUCUCAUGCCUUCCCCCUCUCAUGCCUUCCCCCUCUCAUGCCUUCCCCCUCUCAUGCCUUCCCCCUCUCAUGCCUUCCCCCUCUCAUGCCUUCCCCCUCUCAUGCCUUCCCCCUCUCAUGCCUUCCCCUCUCAUGCCUUCCCCUCUCAUGCCUUCCCCUCUCAUGCCUUCCCCCUCUCAUGCCUUCCCCCUCUCAUGCCUUCCCCCUCUCAUGCCUUCCCCCUCUCAUCCCUUCCCCCUCACAUGCCUUCCCCCUCUCAUGCCUUCCCCCUCUCAUGCCUUCCCCCUCUCAUGCCUUCCCCCUCUCAUGCCUCCCCCCUCUCAUGCCUCCCCCCUCUCAUGCCUUCCCCCUCUCAUGCCUUCCCCCUCUCAUGCCUUCCCCCUCUCAUGCCUUCCCCCUCUCAUGCCUUCCCCCUCUCAUGCCUCCCCCCUCUCAUGCCUUCCCCCUCUCAUGCCUUCCCCCUCUCAUGUCUUCCCCCUCUCAUGCCUUCCCUCUCUCAUGCCUCCCCCCUCUCAUGCCUCCCCCCUCUCAUGCCUUCCCCCUCUCAUGCCUUCCCCCUCUCAUGCCUUCCCCCUCUCAUGCCUCCCCCCUCUCAUGCCUUCCCCCUCUCAUGCCUCCCCCCUCUCAUGCCCCCCCCCUCUCAUGCCUUCCCCCUCUCAUGCCUUCCCCCUCUCAUGCCUUCCCCUCUCAUGCCUUCCCCCUCUCAUGCCUUCCCCCUCUCAUGCCUUCCCCCUCUCAUGCCUUCCCCCUCUCAUGCCUUCCCCCUCUCAUGCCUUCCCCCUCUCAUGCCUUCCCCCUCUCAUGCCUUCCCCCUCUCAUGCCUUCCCCCUCUCAUGCCUUCCCCCUCUCAUGCCUCCCCCCUCUCAUGCCUUCCCCCUCUCAUGCCUUCCCCCUCUCAUGCCUUCCCCCUCUCAUGCCUUCCCCCUCUCAUGCCUUCCCCCUCUCAUGCCUUCCCCCUCUCAUGCCUUCCCCCUCUCAUGCCUUCCCCCUCUCAUGCCUUCCCCCUCUCAUGCCUCCCCCCUCUCAUGCCUUCCCCCUCUCAUGCCUUCCCCCUCUCAUGCCUUCCCCCUCUCAUGCCUUCCCCCUCUCAUGCCUUCCCCCUCUCAUGCCUUCCCCUUCUCAUGCCUUCCCCCUCUCAUGCCUUCCCCCUCUCAUGCCUUCCCCCUCUCAUGCCUUCCCCCUCUCAUGCCUUCCCCCUCUCAUGCCUUCCCCCUCUCAUGCCUUCCCCCUCUCAUGCCUUCCCCCUCUCAUGCCUUCCCCCUCUCAUGCCUUCCUCCUCUCAUGCCUUCCCCCCCUCAUGCCUUCCCCCUCUCAUCCCUUCCCCCUCUCAUGCCUUCCCCCUCUCAUGCCUUCCCCCUCUCAUGCCUUCCCCCUCUCAUGCCUUCCCCCUCUCAUGCCUUCCCCCUCUCAUGCCUUCCCCCUCUCAUGCCUUCCCCCUCUCAUGCCUUCCCCCUCUCAUGCCUUCCCCCUCUCAUGCCUUCCCCCUCUCAUGCCUUCCCCCUCUCAUGCCUUCCCCCUCUCAUGCCUUCCCCCUCUCAUGCCUUCCCCCUCUCAUGCCUUCCCCCUCUCAUGCCUCCCCCCCAAAUGUUUGACUGGCCUCACUUUGGCACCGCGGUCAUUGACCUAUGCACCCUGUGCGUGCCCACCUGCCUGUGCGUGCCCACCUGCCUGUCCGUGCCCACCUGCCUGUGCGUGCCCACCUGCCUGUGCGUGCCCACCUGCCUGUGCGUGCCCACCUGCCUGUGCGUGCCCACCUGCCUGUGCGUGCCCACUUGCCUGUGCGUGCCCACCUGCCUGUGCGUGCCCACCUGCCUGUGCGUGCCCACCUGCCUGUGCGUGCCCACCUGCCUGUGCGUGCCCACCUGCCUGUGUGUGCCCACCUGCCUGUGCGUUUCUCUCUGGCAGCGACUCCUUUCUGGUGACGGAGGGAUCAACACUGGGCAUGGUGGCGGCGGGACUGGCGGGCGUGUUGUUUUGAGGCGCCUCACAACAUGCUCACCUGCCUGUGCAUGUCCCUCCACCCCUCUGCACGUUGUGCCCGCUUGCUUGUGCUCACUUGCCUGCCAGCGACUCGUUCCUGGUGACGGAGGGGUCAACACUAGGCAUGGUGGCGGCGGGGCUGGCGGGCGCCACGCCUUACAUGAUGAACGUCAUGCUCGACACCUCCACCGGCCAUGA